AACUUCCCUGUCACACUGUCACUGACACUGUUCAUAGAUCAUACAAGUUCCCUUUCAAUGUGAUGCACAUUUCUCUGUAAUUGGGGAAAGAAUUAUAUAUCACAGACAGUCGUGUUUUUUCUUCUUCUGCAGAGCGAGGAGAUGGAGUGAUGUAUCAACACGUGAUCCUGUGGUUAAAAGGGAAGCCAUAUAAGCAAGUGACGAUGAGUAUGGUCGUUAAAGUUACCAGUUGUACUACCCAGACAAAGAAACACAAGUUUGACUCAGAGCUUGUUCUCUACAGCUGUUCACUGAAUAGAUAAUAUGGAAGAGCCAUUUACAAUGUAUACGACCGCAAUAACUGAUUAUGCUGGAACUGAACCUUCUGAUUACCCAGAUGACUAUGGUUCAGAUCCGACUGAAAGCACAGGCAUGUGUGACAGAAGCUGGGUCAGGGAGUUUCGUGGGCAGUAUGAACCACCUCUUCUCUGGCUCAUCUUCAUCCUUGGCGCCAUAGGUAAUCUGAUGGUAGUUUGGAUCUACACCACUGUGCGCCACCGCCUGAAAACAAUGACUGACGUGUACCUGCUAAACCUGGCUGUGGCUGACCUCCUCUUCCUGUGCAUGCUGCCCUUCUGGGCCGUCGAUGCCAUCAAGGGCUGGAACGUUGGUAUCCCUCUCUGCAAAAUGGUGUCAGCAGUCUAUAAAAUCAACUUCUUCAGCAGCAUGCUCCUGCUCACCUGCAUUAGUGUGGACCGCUACAUUGCUAUUGUGCAGGUCACCAAGGCCCAGAACCUGAAGAAAAAGAGGCUCUUCUACAGUAAACUUGCCUGCCUGGUUGUCUGGUUUGUCUCCAUUCUCCUGGCCCUCCCCGAGUUCAUCUUCGCCCAGGUGAAGACGGACCGAAGCGGGCAGUCAUUCUGUGCUCUGGUCUACUGGAACAACGAGUACAACCGGACUAAGAUCAUGGUUCUGUCCCUGCAGAUCUGCAUGGGUUUCUUCCUUCCUCUACUUGUGAUGGUCUUUUGUUACUCCGUCAUCAUUCGCACACUCCUUCAGGCCAAGAGCUUUGAAAAGCACAAGGCCCUACGUGUCAUCUUUGCUGUGGUGUUUGUGUUUGUUUUCUCUCAGCUACCGCACAACGGCCUGCUGAUAAUGGAGGCCACGCAGGCAGCUAAUACUACAAUCACCAGCUGUAAAAUUGUAACUCGUUUUGAUGUAGCUGGACAGGUCGCCAAGAGCCUUGCGUAUUUUCACGCCUGCCUGAACCCAUUCCUGUAUGUCUUCAUUGGAGUUCGCUUCAGACAAGACCUCAUGAGGAUUGUGAAGAUGUGUGCUCGCGGCCUGAGCAAAGGAGGGUUCAGUAAAAUACAGGGAGUGCCCAAACGUCCCUCUGUCAUGUCCGACACUGAUACUACUCCUGCCCUUUCCAUAUAAAUGCUCAUUUUUUCUAAAACCCUAAACCUGAGACCUGAACCUAUUUUUUAUUUUUGAUCCUCAUGCAUUACUUGUUACUAACAGAGCAAUGAUAAAAUGUUCAAAUGUAAUAACUGUAUAUUUGUGUAAAUACUGUUUUUUUUAAAGUGUUUGUAUUCCAUCAUGUAUUUGUUGUGUGCUGUUGCAACUAUAUU